AUGGGGAAGCAGAACAGCAAGCUGCGCCCAGAGAUGCUGCAGGACCUGCGGGAGAACACGGAGUUCUCGGACCUGGAGCUGCAGGAGUGGUACAAGGGCUUCCUGAAGGACUGCCCCACGGGCAUCCUCAACGUGGAGGAGUUCAAGAAGAUCUACGCCAACUUCUUCCCCUACGGCGACGCCUCCAAGUUCGCCGAGCACGUCUUCCGCACCUUCGACACCAACGGGGAUGGCACCAUCGACUUUCGGGAGUUCAUCAUCGCCCUCAGCGUCACCUCCCGCGGCAAGCUGGAGCAGAAACUCAUGUGGGCCUUCAGCAUGUACGACUUGGACGGCAACGGCUACAUCAGCCGCGAGGAGAUGCUAGAAAUCGUCCAGGCCAUUUAUAAGAUGGUCUCCUCCGUGAUGAAGAUGCCCGAGGAUGAGUCGACCCCGGAGAAGAGGACGGAGAAAAUCUUCCGCCAGAUGGACACCAACAACGAUGGCAAAUUGUCCCUGGAGGAGUUCAUCAAAGGCGCCAAGAGCGACCCGUCCAUAGUCCGGCUGCUCCAGUGUGACCCCAGCAGCGCCUCCCAGUUCUGAGCCUCAGGGGGAGGGGUGGACUGGGAAUCCUCCCCCCUCCCCGCGCCGCACCCCCAGACCCCCUUCCCCCGCACUCCCCCGCCCCCCGUCUUUGCUUCCCCUUCGCUCCCGGGGUCGCACGGCCCGGCAGCCGCCCCCCACCCCCGCGCCCCUCACCCCCCACCCCGUGGCUGUGAUCGUGUCUUCCCCAACCCCCCACCCCGGGGAGCAGGGGCCCGGAUCGCCAGGGAGAGGGCCGGAUGGGGGUCCAGCUGCCCCCCGGCUGGCUGAGGGAGGGAGGGGAUCCAGGCUCCCAUCUGACGGGACCAGCCUGGGGGCGGGGAGAAAAGCGGGGGAGGCGGCGGUUGCACCUGGGCUCAGCUGGUUUGGGUCAGGCAUCUGACAGAGAGACCCCCGCCCCCCGCCCCUUAUUCCUCCAUCCUGCAGUAGGCAAGGGGAAGGUGGAGGGCACGGGGCUGGGCACCUCGGGCACGGGCUUUCGGGAGGACCACUGUGGGAGAGGCAGGGCCAGGGGGGAUCGUCUCCUCGGGCCUAUCAGCCUCCCCCCAGGCCAGGCCUCCCCCUCGGAGCUGAGGAGGUUGCGGGGGGCGGAGGGGUUGGAGAGGGAGGGCAGAGCCGUGCCCAUUCCAGAGGCCAGCCUACUCCCGUGCCCCUCAAGGCCCGGGUGUCCCAUUACACGUACACACACACACACACACACACACACACACACGCUCACUUCCUUCCAGGACACAGGGCCAGAAGGGAAGCAGGAAGCUUCCACUGGCGGCCGGAGAGUCCGGCAGUCCCAGUUAGACAGGAUCCACCUCUUUGGCUUCCCGUCCACCCUCGCCCCAAUUCCCUCGCUCGGAGGAGGAAGGGAAACUCCCUGCAGACCGCCCUCCGCCCCCUCCCCCCCGACUCCGACCCAAGUAUCCAGGUCUACGGCCACACCCCUCUUCCCCCGGGGCCUCCUUCUCCCCACCCGCGGCCUCCGCCCACCUUGUCAAGUCCCAAAGCUGCCGUUGCAGGGGGAGGUGGGUGGGGAGCGAAGAUAUUGUCAAAAGGGAACAAAGCCCACCGAGGAAUCUGCGGUCCAUCUGGGGGACAGGAGAGCGGGGGGUGGAGAUUCACUCAGGACAGCCCCUCCCCGCCACCUCCGAGCACUUCGUCUCGCACACGGACACACGAACACACACGCACUCCCCAGCCUCCAUGUGUGUGAGAACACGCCCUCCCUAAUCCCCCCCCACCUCCUCCCUCGCGUCCCUUUCUCCUUCCCGGGCCUCUGGUUCCUUGUCUCCUACCCCGGAGGAGGGGGGAGGCAGGCGAGCCCCCAGCCCCCAGCCCCUUCCACGCCGCGCGCGUGCAUGUCGACUCAGAUUUUCUUUGUUCUUUUUAAUAACUUCAGAAUUAAAGUCUUGUUUCAGUGCA